GUGGUAAAAGGGCAGGCAGGCAACAAACCAAGCUUCUUCUUUUUUUUACAGCAAAGUGGCUUCUACAAUGUAAAUAAGCUCCAAGGAAACCAAAAGGAAUAUCAACAGGUACGCUUUUAAUUUACAUCUUAGCAGUCCUUUCGAUUUUUAUUGGCCUAGUUACUGUGGCUUUGGAUUCCAGUCAAUUCAUAGCGGGUACUUGGAAAUUCUUCUGCCUAAUGGACGUGCGGAUUCGCUACACGGUAAUGUUCAAUCCAACAGUGAACGGUAUUUUUAGGUGUGAUGAGACAAAAGAACAAAGGAUGCCGUAGAAGAGAGGCUGCUUACAAGCCGGGAAUCUGCUUCAAAACACAACAAAUGGAUCUAUCACCUCCCCCUGCCGCCUCCAGAUAAUGAUACUUGGCUGAAGCUACUACAUCUUUAUGAUCCCUCCUCCAUCUAUGGCGAACUAUAGCCAUGCAGGGGACCACAACAUCUUGCAGAAUGUCUCUCCUCUCGCCACGUUUCUCAAACUGACAUCCCUGGGUUUUAUCAUUGGAGUCGGCGUCGUUGGCAACCUCCUGAUCUCCAUCCUACUGGUCAAAGACAAAAGCCUGCACCGCGCACCAUACUACUUCCUGCUGGACCUGUGCGCCUCGGACAUCCUGCGCUCCGCCAUCUGCUUCCCCUUCGUCUUCACCUCUGUCAAGAAUGGUUCCACCUGGACGUACGGCACGCUUACAUGCAAAGUGAUAGCCUUCCUGGGGGUGCUGUCCUGCUUUCACACAGCGUUCAUGCUCUUCUGUGUGAGUGUGACACGCUACCUGGCCAUAGCCCACCACCGCUUCUACACCAAGAGGCUCACCUUCUGGACGUGUUUGGCAGUCAUCUGCAUGGUGUGGACGUUGUCGGUGGCCAUGGCCUUUCCCCCGGUGCUGGACGUAGGGACGUACUCCUUCAUAAGGGAGGAGGAUCAGUGUACGUUCCAGCACCGCUCGUUCAGAGCCAACGACUCCCUGGGCUUCAUGCUGCUCCUCGCCCUGAUCCUCCUGGCCACCCAGCUUGUCUACCUCAAGCUAAUCUUCUUUGUCCACGACCGCCGGAAGAUGAAACCAGUCCAGUUCGUGCCUGCCGUCAGCCAGAACUGGACCUUCCAUGGUCCCGGGGCCAGCGGCCAGGCAGCGGCUAACUGGCUGGCGGGGUUCGGCAGGGGCCCCACCCCGCCCACCCUGCUGGGCAUCAGGCAGAACAGCAAUGCAGCGGGCCGGCGACGCCUGCUGGUGCUGGACGAGUUUAAGACUGAAAAGAGGAUAAGUAGGAUGUUCUACAUCAUGACCUUCUUCUUCCUCACACUGUGGGGCCCCUACCUAGUGGCCUGCUAUUGGAGGGUGUUUGCCAGGGGCCCCGCGGUCCCAGGGGGGUACCUGACUGCGGCGGUGUGGAUGAGCUUCGCCCAGGCGGGAGUCAAUCCCUUUAUCUGCAUCUUCUCCAACAGGGAGCUCCGGCGCUGCUUCAGCACCACUCUCCUUUACUGCAGAAAGUCCAGGUUACCUAGGGAACCCUACUGCGUUAUAUGAAGGCUUGGGUUGUUUUUUCCCUUCCACUUCUCCACUGAUUGAUCUCAAUUUGGGUUUGGUCCCAUUGUACAGCUCUCUUUCUCUUCAUCCUCCAGUUUUUCCUCCUCCUCCUCCUUCCCUCUCUUCUGAGGCAGAAGUUGGACUGUCAAUCACUCCCUUGGUUCUGUGAUUGAACAUCAAACAUGGAGGUUGAAGGGAAUGAAAUAAGAAGGUAGCUGAGAACCCCUCCUAUGUUUAUGUUCUAGUAAACAACUGCUGUGGAAGGUUAUUUAGAAGCAGAGAAGAUGAAGAAAAAAUAAUCAUUGGUGAAACUACAAAAUCAAAGGACUGAGCCCUUGCUUUGGAUAUUUUGAAGAUAAUUCUUUGAGUUAAAAGAUUUUGGUGAAAAAACCCCACAGAAAACUAAGAAACGAUUUCCUCUAAAGAGUCACUGGAAUUGUUUUGCAUUUAAAAGUUGCACUAAAAGAAGAUGUAAAGAUGCUUUUUUUUGAUCUACGGUUGCAUUGCAAGAUGCAAGGACAACUUGUUUCCCCCCCUAACUAAACAACGAAUGCUUUACUUUGCAACAGACAUCCCAUUCGCUGUAUGUAAAGCAAAACAAUGUUCGGUGACUAACUGUUGGAAUACACCUUCACAAGAGGAUUAAAUUGGUUUUAAUUUGUUUGGAUUUUCUCAUCCACUCCUGAGAAGUCCUUGACUCUAUUCACAUCAAUGUCAAGUGCAUGUUCAUUUUCAAAAGCUGGUCCACACUCGUAAGCAUCACGGGUCAUACACUCAGCAGAGCAGCCCAUUUUUUAUUCUGCAAAGGUUUGCUAUGUACACCCCACAGAGUGCUCAGAGCACAGGGAGUGUGUGUGUGUGUGCGUGGGCACAUGUGUGUUUGUGUGUGAGUCUUCAGACAGCUGUCACUUCAAGACCAGAGCCUUAUUAUGAAAUCUUGCACAAUUUGUAAAAAGUGUUGAAGGAAAAAAAACAUUUAAGGCACACCGUCUUGUUAAUUUAUACUUUCCCUACAUUUGCUCUCUACUGAUUGUUUUCAAUAACUUACUUUUUCUCUUGUGGCCAUUUUAAUAUUUAUUCUGUAUUCUUUUUUGUAUAUUAUAGAUAGAUUGUGUGUAAGUAUGUGAGUCUUUCAUUUUGAAGUCCCGAAUGUGAGUACAGUUUAAAUUACGAUUGCAUUCGCUGAAAGUUAACUGUGUAAUCUGUUGAAAAUAAAAUUUUACAUUUUGCAAA